AGAAUCUAUCACCGAAUACCGCAAAAAAAUGGACAUAUUCACCCAGGAGCAGCAAAGGAAGCAAAAUCAGCGUAUGAAGACAGCAGAGGAAACAGACUUUGUUUUGCGUUUUUAUCAGCAACAGUUGCAGGCUUUACGAAGAUCAAAAAUGUUGAAACUGAAGCGGAGAUUGAAGGACCGCGAUGCGUUGGUGCAGCAACGAUUAUUGAGUAACGAAAUGCGUAAAGCUGCUAUUAGAUCGCAAUUGCGCAAAGAGCAUUUUAUGAUGCACUCCAAUGCCUAUGUACAGGAACGGGACAAGAAAUAUCUGAUUAUGGAUGAAUUUCUUCAGCAAAUGACAGAAAACGUCCAACGCAGGAAAGAAUGGGCACGUGAACAACAUACGAAACUGGAAUCUGAUUUAUUACAUCGAAAAACGAACAACUUGGCCAAGAAAUACGAACGCCGGAGCAGGGAGACGUUGGUAAAGGCAAUCCUGCGGAAGUGUAAGAAAACUUUUCUCACCAAGGAUCCUUCGGCUCUGGACGAACCAGCGUUACGACGGGGAUCCUUGGAACAGACUGUAAAAGCCGCUCUAGCAAUUCACACUGCCAUCAGCCCGACCACCAGCAGUAUUAUGAUCAUCGAUACUGCCAGCCAGUUUAUUUCGGAUUUGCGUAUCAAACCCAGUGAACCUCUGCCGUUGGAUCGCUUAACGGUGCAAUACGUGGUGGAUCGAUUGUCGGAGAUUAUGGAACAAAUCCUCCAUCGAAACGUGGCCCAAGCGUGCGAGUUGAUCGAAAAGGUUGCUACAACAAAAUCCGCCCGCCUACAUAGUGGAGAUCAAACAUUACGAUCAUCACUCUGCAGCUAUCAGAGCGAAGGGAAAGCGACUCGUAACGGUCCCUUUCGAUCGAAAGUGUCCCUUGGGCCAGUCUCUGCGGUCGAGGAGUACGAAACCGAAUGCGAUCAGAUGAGGCAAUGCAAGAACAGAGCCCCGACACCGGUAACUUCCGUCACAUCGUUGGUCGAAUGUGCUAUGGGUGAAACGGAAAUGGAGCGGGCAAACAUUAGCAAGUUCGUGAUUCCGUUCGAAACGCAGCAAGAGUUGGAGAGAUGCAUCCACGACGAAACUUACCCUCUGAUACACAUUAUGUACAGCCAGCGGCGGUAUCUGGAAGGUAAUUUGUUCAAAUAUCGCGUGAUCGUUGAGCCGUACGUUGAACAGCGGGUGUUGGCGGCGAUCAAUCUGGAGUACCUGACCAUCACAGCUCACAAACCGACCAGAGUGAGCAAAGGCAAACUGCUCCAUCGGACCGCGGUGGGAUUGCUUAAAUUUCCUGAAAAUGAUGUGGAUUACGCCAAGGCAAUCCUCGAUGGAAUUAAUUACCUUUCAACAGUGGCGACUCGGAAGGUCGAAGAAAUCCUUAAUGAACUAUAAACACAUGGUUCCGAACAAC